UCUUCCUCAGAAUUUAAGACUCUCAAAGAAUAUGCAACAGCUUGUCCUCAAACAAGAAAAGGGCCUCUUCUUGACAUUUGGCGCGUUGACCGAAAAGGAGAAAAAGAGAGGUUCGCCCUCCAUGACGACAUCCAGCACCGGAAGUUGCUGUGGCACGGCACCAACGUGGCGGUGGUGGCGGCGAUCCUCAAGGCCGGGCUGAGGAUCAUGCCCCACUCGGGCGGGUUGGUGGGCAAGGGCAUCUACUUCGCGUCGGAACAUGCCAAGAGCUCCUGGUAUGUUGGAUGUAAUUACGGGGUCUUCGAAGGUGAGAAUAACGUAGGCUUCAUGUUCCUGGUCGAGGUUGCUUUAGGGAGAGAGAGCAGCAUCACACAGUGUAACAGCAGCUUAACAAAGGCUCCCAACGGCUACGACAGCGUGGUGGCGAGAGGGACAUGCGAACCAGACCCGAAGAAGAACAAGAAACUAGUCUUCGACGGGAAGGACGUCAUAGUGCCUCUGGGGAAGCCUGUUUCUCAGAAGGAGUGGUCCCACAGUGGCUUCGGGCAGAGCGAGUAUCUUGUGUACAAAGAGAGUCAGGCUCGCAUCAGAUACGUCCUCAAAUUCUCCUUUCAGUAGUCUAGUUCCCUUGAGGGUCACUACGUUUUAUUCUCAGCAGAUAGAUUUAGAAAUUGAUAGACAGUCCGGAGGAAAAAACUUUCCAGCUGUUGCAUAGAUAUUAUAGAGCACAAUAAUGUUAUUAUGGAGGCUUUUUCAGCUAUGUGUGAAGAAUUGGGAAAUCGGUCUCAGGAUAUUUUUAUUAUGGCGGAGUUUUAUGGUUCAAACUAUAAAGAUCAAUCGAUGAACAAUAUAAAAGUAAAACAAAUACUUUUUUGCAAUAUUUUCUUUGUCUUUUGUAAAUCAACCAUUGCAAAAUUUGUACACUUUGGCUUAUCACCUUGUAAAUGUGUUUUUUAUCACGUGAUUACUUCUGUAAUAACUUCUUUUUUUAUUUUGUUAGAUUAAAGUGUACAUUUAU